AAAAAAAAGUGAUGUCGAAAUUAGAUGGAUAGCUUGAUUGGUUAAGCUUAUUUUAGAUUUACGUAGCAGAUUGUGAGGUUAGGUUUUUUUCCGUCCCCACAACCGGAAGCAAGGUUUAUCCACGGUGGACAAAAUUGAUGACUCUUUCUGGCGACCGGCACGAAAAGAUUUGCGACCGACAUUUCGUCGAAAGUGAUUUCACUGAAAAUACACGUUGCAAACUGAAGAAGAACGCCGUUCCAAAUGUGAAGGUUUCACAGGGCGUUGAGAGAAAGCCCGGAAAUAGAUGUUGCAUUGGUCAAUGCAAACCUCGUAAGAGAAAGACGACUUUGCACCACUUCCCGACAGAAAGGCAAAUUCGAAACAAGUGGAAAGCUGCUGUGGGUUUGAAAGAUCAGGAUGACCCAACAGGGCUUCGCAUUUGCAAUCGUCAUUUUAAAACAUCGGAUUUCAAUCAAGUGACUUCGAGAUAUCUGAAGUGUGGUGCGGUUCCGUCCAAGGGAUUUAGCAGUUUGGCGGAAGAUUCAAAGCACCGUUCGAAUGAACUAAAUCGUCCCGAUCACUUGGAAGAUCACAGUUAUAGCACAUAUUUAACACUGCACAAAUUUUCCGUUCGACAACAUUCGAGAG